AUUUACUCGCCACACGUCUUGACUCGUUAUCCUGCCGGUUAAAAUUUAACUAAUAACUAUUAUUUGUCGGCAAUAAGUUUUCCUAUUUGACGUUAAACAGAAACCCAACAGAAUGGCUAAACAUCAUCCAGACUUGAUAUUCUGUCGUAAACAACCCGGCGUUGCUAUAGGACGAUUAUGUGAAAAAUGUGACGGUAAAUGUGUAAUCUGUGACUCAUAUGUCAGGCCAUGUACACUGGUGCGAAUAUGCGAUGAGUGCAAUUAUGGUUCAUACCAGGGUCGAUGUGUUAUAUGUGGUGGACCUGGAGUAUCUGAUGCAUAUUAUUGUAAGGAAUGUACAGUUCAAGAAAAAGAUAGAGAUGGAUGUCCAAAAAUUGUAAAUUUGGGAAGUUCAAAAACGGAUCUAUUUUAUGAACGGAAAAAAUAUGGGUUCAAAAGAAGAUAGAACUGCUGUAUUAUCAUUUGUAUUUUUAAUAAUGUAUGCAAUUAUUUUAGAUUAGCUCUUAAGAUAAUCAAAAAAUUAAUUUUUUGUU